AUGUUCAGAGAUCAAGACAAAGACAGAGUUCCUUAGUAAGUCAUAGUGGCUUAGACAAAGUUCUGAGUUCUGUAUGUGUGUAAUACUCAGUGCUUCUGUUUUAAGCUAAAUCUCAAAGGCAAUCUAGGAUAUACCCAGACAAAGUCUGUGUCUCAUCUGCAGAUAACUCAGGUCAGAUAUAGUAUACAAGACUCAUGUGCAGAGAAAGCACAGUCCUAGGCAACUUUUGGGCCAAAACAAAACCAUAUCCCACCAGCUCAGCAGACCCUCAGUGUUCUCCCUCUAAAGACUAUCUGCAGGGAGGGUCAUUUCCUUUUAGUUCAUAUUGAUACACCUGACCCUGGGCAUGGAUCUGGGACAGUUUCAAAAGUGCUUGUUAGCUUGCCUGGAGAAGAGCAAAGCUGAGAGCAUAGCUUUCUGUGCAGCCCCUCUCCACUAGCCUUAGGCCUAUCAUAUUCCUGAGUGGGGUCAUUUCCUCUCCUCUCCCUCCCCUCCAAAGACUCUCUGAUGGCAUAUUGGAAAGGAGGGGUGCCAGUCCCCUCCCUGAUGUGCCAUGAAACUCUGAUGGCAGUAUUGGAAGGACACCUGGCCAUGCAGGACGCGUUGGCAGACCUCCCAGAGUGGUAUGGAAUAAAAGGCAUGCAGGCCCACUGGAUUGGGGACUGUGUGGGCUGCCAUCUGGACUUCACAUUAAAGGUUGAUGGACAAGAUACGGGAGAGAAACUGACAGCAUACACAGCCACUCCUGAGGCCAUCUAUGGCAUCUCCCACGUGGCCAUCUCUCCUAGCCACAGGCUUCUACAUGGCUACAGCUCUCUGAAGAAAGCCUUGCAGAAGGCACUAGUCCCAGGCAGAGAUUGCCUCACACCAGUGAUAGCUGUGAACAUGCUCACCCUGCAGGAGGUCCCCAUCGUUAUCAUGGCUAACCCUGACUUGGAAGGCUCUCUAGAUUCAAAAAUAGGAAUCCCCAGCACCAGCUCAGAGGACGCCAGACUAGCCCAAGCUCUGGGCCUGUCCUACUCUGAGGUCAUUGACACUUCCCCAGAUGGCACAGAGAGACUGAGUGGAUCUGCUGAGUUUACAGGUAUGACCCGGCAGGAUGCUUUUGUAGCCCUGACUCAGAAAGCCCGUGGGAUGAGAGUGGGUGGACACGUGACAAGUAACAAGCUGAAAGACUGGCUGAUCUCGAGGCAGCGCUACUGGGGCACACCAAUCCCCAUUGUUCACUGCCCAGCCUGUGGCCCUGUGCCUGUGCCACUGCAAGACUUGCCUGUGACUUUGCCCAGCAUCACAUCUUUAACAGGCACAGGAGGUUCCCCCCUGGCCUCAGCUUUGGAGUGGGUGAACUGCUCUUGCCCAAGGUGCAAGGGAUCAGCCAAGAGAGAAACGGACACCAUGGACACCUUUGUGGAUUCCGCUUGGUACUACCUCAGAUACACUGAUCCUCACAAUACUCAUAGUCCUUUCGGCUCAGCCCUGGCAGACUUCUGGAUGCCUGUGGAUCUGUACAUUGGAGGGAAAGAGCAUGCUGUCAUGCACUUGUUCUAUGCACGAUUCUUCAGUCAUUUCUGCCACAGUCAAAAGAUGAUGAAGCACAGGGAACCUUUCCAUAAACUACUGGCCCAAGGCCUCAUUAAGGGACAGACAUUCCGCCUUCCAUCUGGACAGUGUCUGAAGAGGGAGGAUAUAGAUUUCACAGGUCCUGCUCCAGUUUGUGCAAAAACAAAAGAGAAGUUAGAGGUGACAUGGGAGAAGAUGAGCAAGUCCAAACACAAUGGGAUAGAUCCCGAGGAGAUUGUGGCCCAGUAUGGAAUUGACACAAUCCGGCUCUACAUCCUCUUUGCAGCCCCUCCUGAGAAGGACAUCUUGUGGGAUGUAAAGACCGAUGCACUCCCUGGAGUGCUAAGAUGGCAACAGCGGUUGUGGUCCCUGACAACAAGAUUUAUCGAGGCAAGGACUUCUGGGACAGUCCCCCAGCCUCAGCUGCUGGACGACAAGGAGAAAGCCAAGGCCCGAAGCCUCUGGGAGUACAAAAAUGCAGUCAUAACUCAGGUGACCACCCACUUUACAGAGGACUUUGCCCUGAAUUCUGUAGUUUCCCAGCUGAUGGGUCUCAGCAGUGCCCUCUCGCAAGCCUCUCCUAGAGUUGUUUUCCACAGCUCUGAGUUUGAGGAUGCUCUGUGUUCCCUGCUGGUGAUGGCUGCCCCGCUAGCCCCUCAUGUAACCUCAGAACUCUGGGCAGGCCUGGCGCUGGUACCAAGCAAGCUCUGUGACCAUUAUGCCUGGGAUGCUGCUGUGAUGCUUCAGGCCUGGCCCACAGUGGACUCACAGUUCCUUCAGAAGCCUGAUAUGGUGCAGAUGGCUGUUCUGAUCAACAACAAGGCCUGUGGCAAGAUCCCUGUGCCCCAGCAUGUUGCCCAGGACCAGGACAAAGUCCAUGAAUUUGUUCUCCAGAGUGAGCUAGGCAUGAAGCUGCUGCAGGGGAGAAGCAUCAAGAAGGCCUUCCUCUCCCCCAGGACUGCCCUCAUCAAUUUCUUGGUGCAGGAGUGACCAGGGCUUCCAGGUUCCUCCUCCUCUGCCCAGAUCAAGGGAAGGAAUGUUAACUUAGGCAAAAAGACCAAUGUCAGGGACAUUGGCCUUUGUGCCAGGACCAGCUGGAGUCAGCAGGAGUCUUGUGUGCUAAAGUCUGGACCUAGAUAAGAAUGUAUGUGGGCAAAGAGGAACGAGAGGAGAAGAUUCAUUCAGUUGUCCCAUACCCCUCCACUUCCACUCAGGGUAUGAAGCCACCAGAGAUGCUGCCCAGGUUGGAGCAAGAAUUAGAAAAGACACAGGCAAGGCUGACUAGGAGCUUUUACACCUACCAAUGGUACUGUCUCUUGUACUUCUCAGGAGUCAUGUACUAAAGAGCCACUUAGGCUCAGGACCUGCACAAUAGUCAGGUGUACAGAUGGCGCUAGCUGGGCUUUUGGGUUACAGGACAGAUAAAACUGUUCAACUGUGUAACUAAACAUGAACACCAGCAUUUCUACGAAUUAUUGUGCAUAUGUCUCCAGCACCUUUCAACUGUGUCACACACGUCUCUUCCACUCCAGCUGGAUAGCCUGUUCUGAGUUUAUUGUAUGCACUAGGAUAGGGCUCCACUUCUGACCCUGAACAUGCAGACUGUGCUCUGUGGUGAGUGGAAUCUUGUUCUGAGUUGCUGAUCCUCACCAAAGCCCCAUCAUAGCCCAGUGAGGGGUUUGAACCCCAGAUGGCUCACAUGAGCCCCUAGAUAGUAACACUACUAUCAUUGAUUUAGCUCCUAGAGUGUCAUUAGCAAAAGCAAGUUCAUCAAAGAAGAACAGAACUGUUGCUUCCUGGAUGUCACCUCCUGUGUGGGAGACAGCUAGAUCAUAGCAGAUGUGGACCCAGACUACCAGUAAGUUAGGCAAAGCUGACUUUAUGUGGGUCAUCGGUAAAAUGCUAUUACAGACAUAGCCUGAGCAAGGGCUUAAUACUAAGUUGUGGAAGAACUAAGAAGAAGCUAGCCAUCUCAGGAUGCUGAAGCUCUGUAUCUGUAAUCUGCAGUCACCCAGAAGUGGUUGUCAUGUCAUCUCCUGCCUUCAGAUGCCUUUAGAUGUCAUAAACAUAUCACUGUAAAUGUAACUUUUAUUCUCCUGAA